UCUUAUCAAAUACAUAUUUUGCGGAAUCCCCGGUCGUUUGAAGGCCGUACACGUGGAUGGAUCGACUGUGACGCAUGAGGAGAUAAAAGAUGGAAGAAUACGCGAAGUACGUGCGCGGUUUUGAGAUGGGUGGCAAGGCAUUUACGCAGUUAUAAUUUUACGCGUUAGCAACUAGUUGUUUCACAAUGCCGUCCGAUAAGAAGAAACUAAAACUCGACCUUACCGGAAAAGAGCAUGCGUACGCAAACUUUACAAAGAAUGAUUGUGCGAAGGAGGACGUCGCAAAUCCGGGGCAAAUAAUGAGAUUGUACAUGAAUAAUUUCCUGAACUACGAAAAUUGGGAACUUAAAUUCAACCACAAUGUCAAUUUCAUUAUGACCGAGAAUUUUCAUGGCAAAAGUACCAUUUUUCAUGCUCUGUCUCUUGGGCUUGGAGGUGGACUAAAUAGAGUAGGUCGAGGCGGUACACUCAGAGAUUUUAUUAAAAAUACGGAAUUACCUGCCACAAUCAGAAUCACUUUAUGCAAUAAACAAGAGUCGUCCGACAAAUCAAAUCCGUCUGAGGAUUAUAUCAUAAUCCAGUGUACAAUCAGGACAUGGGGCAAUGUGCAUCAUCGCACGUAUAAGCUAUUAAGUGAUAAAGACGACGUAGAAUCCGUCGAUAUCAGUGUGAGUGACUUGCGAAAACAAAUUAAAUCGAUGAGGAAUAUUGAAUGGGAUCACCCAGUACUGACAAUGAGCCAAAUUGAGUCAAUGAAAUUAUCCACUAUCGAUCCAAAAAAAUUUUAUGAAGAUCUUAUGACCGCUUCAGGUUUAAGGACAAUUGACAACGAUAGUUUCAUCGUUAUGAACAGACUGAAAAUGAAUAAAACAAAAAAGCAAUUGGAUUUCUUGAACAAUGAAAUUUCCAAGAUCAAGGAGAUGAAAGAAAUGCAGCAAUCAACUAUCGUAGAUCGUGAGAACUUGGUAGAUUUAAAAAAACAACUGCAAUGGUCGAUGGUCAAAGAUUUAAAAAAAAUUCAGGAUGUCAUGGAUGGAUUGAAAGCAGAGCGGAAACAAUGGGAAGAAUUAAUGAGGAAAAAAAAAGAAUACGUAAUGAAACUACAGAAGCGUCACAAGAAGGUUGAAAAAGAUAUUAAGGCAUUAGAUGAUUUAGGAAGGCGCGUUGCCUCCAAUAAAAGAAAACUUGCUUUAAGGAUUACGGAAAAAGAAAAAUUGCAAAAGGAAACAGCUAAGAUGAAAAAGCACAUGAACAUUUACAGACAAGAAAUAAAAAAGUUUGACUUAAUGUGUAUUGAGGCUAAAUUAAAGGAGAAAGAGGAAAUCAAAGUAAAGCUUAGUGGUGAGCUAGAAGAUCUGAAGAGAGCUUUGAAACAAUUGCAGGCUGAUUUUGAGCUCAGUAUUAAGGGUAUGGAUGAGAAAUUCAGCAAGCUACAACGAUUGCAGAAAAUGCGUGAUAAUCCAGAUAGAAUCUCUGAGUCUACUAUGUCUGAAUUGCUAAACACAGUAGAAGAGUAUGAAAGAAGCUCUGAAAGACAGCCAUGUGGUCCUUCAGAUAUGAUGGGAAGCUCCAAUACUCUCGUGGCUAACUGCUGUACGGAACAAAGCAGAAUUCACCUGAUAGAUAUCCUUUUGGACAAGAUGCAAAAUGAGCUUCAAUCUAUGAUGGCAACAUAUCAUGAUCUUAAGACACAGCAGGAAUCCUCUAAUAAAAAGUUGGAAGCAAAAAAUUCGGAUUUGGACCAAAUUAAAGAGGUAAUCGCAAACUAUGAAUCGAGAAAACAAAAUAUAAUUAAUUCCAUGGACGUCACUAACGAUAAUAUUUCACUGCCGGAUACUUUUGAAGAAUUGAAUGCCACGAUACAAGAUCUGACGAAAAAAAUUGAUAAUAAUGCAACCAAUCAAAAAAAAUUGAAGAAGGCAAAAAAAGAGCUGCAGGUGGCCAUUUUUGAGGAUGAAAUUAAAAUAUUCGAUACGUCGUAUGAUAAGCUAAACGGAAAUCGGAGUAAAUACAGAAAAUCGAUUGCUGCUCAGAAAAUGAUUCUGGUAAAGGUUUGUAAAGCCUGUACAUCCAUAGAUAACAAGUUGCAGAAAUUUCAGAGAACUGUAGAAAAUUUGGAAGCAGAUAUGAAAAAAGAGAAUUUCACCAUUGAGUCAAUAGUUUCGGAUGCUACCACACUAUGUCCUGACAUGAAUCCGCAAAGAUCUACUGUCGAAAUCAAUCAGGAGAUAAAACAAGUAGAGAAGCGUAUCGCAGCAGCCAAGCAGCAGCAGGCGUCGUAUAUACGUCAAAUGACUGCUGAUUUAGAGAAGAUAUCGAAAGAGUUUGACGAAACGGUAAAAUCUAUACACGAUAUGGAAGCCGUCCAAAAAAACCAUAUGCAAUUAACAUUGAAUCUGUCGAUCAACAUGGAAGAAGAUAUUUGUAAAACAAUGCAAGAAGAGUUUGGACGUUUGGUAGACAUCGGAGGAUGCAAGAAUUAUCUCAUUAUCGACUCGGGAAAAAAAAAGCUUCAAGUUCCGAUGAAUUCUUUUGGUGGAAACAAAGAAGCAGAAAAAUAUUUUAACAUACCGGAUAGCGAAAUACUAUCGUAUUACAUUCUGGCAUUUACCUUAGCAUUCUGGAAGUGCUGCGUGGAUGUCGCGUUUUAUAUUAUCGACAAUAUCAACUUUCCUCAGGAGAGUGUCAUCGGGAAGUUCGCAAAUAAAAUCGUAUUAGAACAUGUCAUGAAGCACCCAGAUCGCCAAUUUAUAAUUUUCAACCAGCUUACCGACUCUCAUUCAAUACGCGCAGAUCACGUAACUUAUCAUAGACCACCAGCACUGCAGGAAACGCCUGGAACCAGCUCGCAGAGUGAUAAAUAGUCAGAAUAUAUUGGAAAAACAAAAGAAGAAGUUAACCAUUUUACUAAAGUUUUCUUUAUCAGCGUAUUUUUUAUAAGCUGAUUAACUCAAUCCAAAAAUUUUACAUACUGAGUUUUACACAGUAAUGUAAUUAUUCAGGUAUGUUUUAGAAUUACACGUAUAAGAGAUACAUAUAUUAAUUUCUUGCAGAGAUGAAUAUCACCUGUCUGCAGGCCCGAAUCAUACAUUAAUAUUUCACGUGAAUCUAAUGCUUAUAUAUCGACAUAUAACGAUUUUAAUGAUUUUUUUCUACUUUUUUAUGCAAUUUCACUGGAGGUAACAUCGCUCAUACUACGUUAAUAUACAUCGACAUGUUUUAACCAAUCGAACCAUAGCAAGGGAAUAACAAAAAGAACGCGAAAAAUAGUGUGAUAAAUUAUGAAGAGUAUGGAUAAAUAUAACCCCAUUACAAGU